AUGAGCCAAGACAACGACGGUGAAGCUGCCGGCGUCGUCGUCAACAGCCAUGGUGAUCAUGAACACGACAAUGGCACGAUCAGAAGCAGGGCCGAUGCCGACACGGAGGAAGACGAAGAGCGUGGUGGUGGCCAGGAGUCUUUCUUCCAGUGCCUCGACGGCCAGGAGCAGCCCUCCGGCAUGGACGACGCAAGGGUCGAGUUUCCCUCCGACGACGAGGACGGCGGCGGCGACGGUGACGACGCCCGCUUCUCCUUCGCCACCGCCGUUGGCGACGGUGACCGCCUCCUCGAGGAGCAGUCUGAGCUGGACCUGGACGGGGAGGAAGAGGAGGACACGUCCAGGUAUGACUACGGCACGUGGAUGGCGGCCGAGCCCAUGUCCAUCCAGGAGCGCCGCCGCCGGCUGCUCCAGGGGAUGGGGCUCACCAGCAGCAGGGACCUCCUCCGCAGCCGCAACGCGAGGGCGGCGCGGCUCCCGCCGGACAUCCCCCGCUCCGCGCCGCGGCGGCCGCACCUGCCACCUUCCGCAGCCGCGGACGACGCGCCGAGCACGGCGAGCCCUGCGCCGACGGCGGUGGGCCCUCCACGCCAACCCAGCGGCUCUGCCCUUUCCCGGUCCCGGUCCGACAGCCGCCUCGCCGUCCGUGGCGGCGGCGCGAGGAAGCCGCCGCCAUCGCUCCGCCGCGUGUGCUCGCUGCCGCACUCCCUGCACUCCCCGUCUGUGAGCAGGGCUCUCCGUGCCGCCGCCCGGCGUCCAUUGCCAUUAGCGGCGUCGUCGAAGGACGAAGGGAUCGGCGAUGCCGGUGACAAGAGCGGCGGCGUCCCGACCAAGGGCCAGGACAGCGGCAAGGAGUUCACGGCAAACGGCAAGCUCAACGGCGCCGCCCAGCGCAGUGUUCCGCUGAGCAUGGACGAGUUCGAGCGGUUCGUCGGCUCCACGCCGUUCGUGAAGCAGUUCAUCCGCCGGAGCCGGAGCCAGCCUGUGCCGGCCGGGGCGGCCAACAAGGGCGGCGAGAAGCCGGUGGCCGAGAAGAAGAGAACGCGCUGGCUCAAGAACAUCAAGCUCGUCGCCUCAGCCGCCGGGCUCAGCAGGAACGAGAAGGACAAGGACGGUGACCAGGGCGGUGGCAGGUCGGCGAGGACGAUGCCACCGGCGGCGGCGGCCAUGUCCAAGUCGGCGUCGGUCCACGCCGCCGUGUCGAUGUCGCCGGCGACCACGGGGCCCGAGCGGCUCAAGGUGCACCACUACGGCAAGUCCAGCAAGGAGCUCACCGGGCUGUACAUGCGGCAGGAGGUGCGCGCGCACGAGGGCUCGAUUUGGAGCAUCAAGUUCAGCCCCGACGGCCGGUUCCUCGCCAGCGGCGGCGAGGACCACGUCGUGCGCGUCUGGGAGGUCGUGGACGUGCACGCUGACGCCUCCACGGACCCCACGUCGGCGCGGGAGCUCUCGGCAGCGUCCCUGCCCCUGCACCCGCCGCCGCAGGCCUCCACGGACGCCGGCGGCAGGCCAGCGGCGGCGCCGGGGCUGGCGGCGCAGCUGUCGAGGAGGAUGCGGAGGGGGAGGAGCGGCAAGGACGUGCUCCUGGAGCACGUCGUCGUGCCGGAGUCCGCGUUCGCGCUCGCCGAGCGGCCGGCGUGCGCCUUCGAGGGUCACCAAGACGACGUACUCGACCUCUCGUGGUCCAAGUCCCAGCAGCUGCUGUCGUCGUCCAUGGACAAGACGGUGCGGCUCUGGGACAUGGACACCAAGACGUGCCUCAAGAUGUUCCCGCACAACGACUACGGUGAGUUAAGAGAUCCUUUUACGUGCGUCCAGUUCAACCCGGUGGACGACGGCUACUUCAUCAGCGGCUCGCUGGACUGCAAGGUGCGCAUCUGGAGCGUGCCGGACCGGCAGGUCGUCGACUGGAGCGACGUCAGCGACAUGGUCACCGCGGCGUGCUACACCCCGGACGGUCAGGCACAAAUCGACAUGAGCAUAUCGAAGAAGCGCCGGUCGCAGGCCAAAAAGAUCACUGGAUUCCAGUUCGCGCCGGGGAACCCGUCGGAGAUACUGGUGACUUCGGCGGACUCGCAGAUCCGGGUGUUCAACGGCAUCACCGUGCUCCAGAAGUUCAAAGGGUUCAAGAACACCAGCAGCCAGAUCUCGGCGUCCUACACCGCCGACGGCCGCUACGUGGUGUGCGCCAGCGAGGACUCCAACGUCUACGUGUGGCGCCGCGUCCCCGUCGGCAGCGGCGGCGGCGGCGGCGGAGGAGGCGGCGGCGGCGCGGGGGGCGGCAUCGGCGUCAGGGCCAAGACGUGGCUCACCAGCCGGUCCUACGAGUACUUCUUCUGCAGGGACGUGUCCGUGGCCGUGCCGUGGCCAGGGUCGCCGUCGUUCCGGUGCGACGCGCAGGAGCCGCCGUCCUCCCGGAGCGGCGGCACGCCCAAGAAGCAGAGCUCUGCGCGCGGCGCCGGCGACGACGACGACGCCGGCGGCGUCAGCGACGUGCAGCCGCGGCGGCACAAGUCCGGGCCGAUGGGGUACCCCGGGGGGCAGCAGCUGCAGCCGGAGCUGUCGCGCCGGCAGUCGUCGGCGCGGUGGCACGGCGGCGCGGAGGGCGGCAACGCGUGGGGGAUGGUGGUCGUGACGGCGAGCCGUGGCGGGGAGAUCAGGGUGUACCAGAACUUCGGCCUGCCCCUCGGCAACCUCUUCCACUAG